GAGAAAUUUGAAAUUAUGAACUUGGAGAUCAAAUCUGGAGAAGGCCUGAAGCUGAAGGGAAAGCUCCCAGAUGAUGCCAAGAACUUUUCCUUCAAUUUGGGACGCAGCGCCAGUGAUAUAGGUUUACAUUUUAACCCACGCCUACAUGAAAAUGUAAUUGUAUGCAACUCCAAAAGAAGCAACAACUGGGAAUCAGAACAAAGAAGUGGACACAUGUGUUUUACUCCGGGGACAGAUGUCAAGUUCUCAAUCAAGUUUGGUGGUGACAAGUUUGACGUGAAGCUUCCUGAUGGUCAUGAAAUCUCUUUCCCCAAUCGCCAUGGCUAUGAUAAACUUACAUACCUCUCAGUCAAAGGGGAUUUCAAAGUGACUUCAUUUAAAUAUGAAUGA